AACAAGGCGUACGAACGGAUGACCUCCUGGACGCAGCACGAGCUGUCCUCCGGCGGCUACACCGUGCAGGGUUUGGUCGGUGCGAGGGUCGGCCGUCUCUUCCGCGAGCACGUGGUGCGGUUCUCGCUCCCCCCGCGGCGCGGAGACAACAGGUCGAAGGGGAGCCCUGUCCGACGUCCGCCGAUGCCGUACCACCGCUUCACGGCCGGGGACAUCGUCGCUAUCACUCGAGGGAAGUCGCCACCGACCCAGGCCGAGAUGGAUAGCGGUUCUGUGCUCGACGGUGUUGUUCUUCAGAGGAUGCCGCACUUCAUCGACGUGGUUGUGAAUAUCGCUCCGGAGGGACUUGCGGAUGCGACUCCCUCAGGCCGCGUGAUCGUGGGGGCUUCCACGGCCACCUUCCGCCUGGACCAGUUCGUCAACGGGGUUUCCUACGAGCGCAUGCUCCAGGCCCUGCAGACCGCCACGGCACCGGAGACUCUCUCGGUGUGCCCCAUCGUGCGGAGCCUGGUGGUGGACUCGCUGUUCCCAACGCUGGACCGCAUUGAGCAGGUGAAGAAGGCGGGAGGCGUGCAGCCGGGGGUCGGGGACACGGCGCUUCCGCAAGGGGUUGUGGCCCCAGACGCGGAGUGGGCGAGGAUAGCGUUGGGGCUCAGCCGGUUCCCGAGACCGGAGUGCUCGAGGGGGGACAUCGCCAACAUUGUCGCGGGAGUUACUGCCGAGGCUGGCCUCAGCAAGACAAGAGCUAUCCGGCAGGCGCUGGGGAGUCGUCUAACGCUGAUCCAGGGUCCUCCUGGGACGGGGAAGACGAAGACGGCGUGCAACCUCAUACUGUCGGCGGUCAGGCUCCGCCAGAGCAAGGGCGGCGCUCGAUGGGACGGGAAGGUGAUGGCGACCGCGUUCAGCAACGUCGCGGCGGACAACUUGUUGGAGGGCGCCCUCGAGCUAGGACUGCGCGCUCUCAGGAUCGGGCGACCGGCGACGAUCCGCCCUACCCUGUGGCACGCCACGCUCGACGCUCUCGUGGAGAACCACCCGGAUGUUGUCGCGGCAAAGGGCUGGGUAAAGGAGGUAUCGCAGUCGGCCGAAUCAUCGGCAGAGUCAGAAGCGCGUCGGCCGUCGACAAGCAGGGGCUCCGCGGGAUCCAAGCCCAGAAACAGCAGCGCGACCACCCCGUCCCAGUCCGCGUCCAGGCGCGCGUACGCGGUGCUGGAGGCGGCGCAGCUGGAGGCCGCCCGGCAGAUCAUCAAAGGGGCGGACGUGGUAGUCUGCAGCUGUAUCGGCGCCGGCAAUGACGCCUUCGUCCGCGCGAUCGGAGGCGACCAAGAAGGGGGCUUCAGCUCCAUCCGCUUCUCCACGGUAGUGAUCGACGAGGCCACCCAGGCUACGGAGGCGGCGGCCCUCGUGCCCAUCAUACGCGGAUGCCAGCAGCUCGUCCUGGUGGGAGACCAGAACCAGAACAGUACGCGCCCCCCUCUGUUUCCUCCGUUGCGACCGCGCUUUAUCGGUGAUGGUCCGCAGCUCCCGCCCACGGUGAUAUGCCCCGAGGCAGAAGACGGCGGCCUUGGGACUAGCCUCUUCUCCAGGCUGAUGCAUGCCGGGAUCAAGCCCAUCCUCCUCAACAGACUCAUUCCGGCCGGGUUCCCUUGGCCUGCCGCGUCUGGCCCCGUGGCCUUCGUGCGUGUCAGCGAGAGCGGGGGUGAGAGGGAGAAGCGGGAGUCAAACGCCGGCGUAGGCGGCGCUAAGAGAGGCCAGCUGGAGAGCCGCGGGGGCACCGAGGCGGCCGUGCAGGGGGGCAGCUUCGCUUCCGCGGCCCUGGGCACGUCAUACUGCAACUUGAGGGAGGCCGAGGCGGUCGCCUUCGCGCUGGAGCUCCUUCUCCGGGAGGGCGAUGUUGAGGUGCGGUUCAGCUCUAAAGGAUGAUGUUGAGGGAUCGGGGGGAGGGGGGAAGGGGGGGGCGAUACGCAUGGUCGUGAAUGCCGUGUCGUUAGACCAUUGACCUCGCAUUUCUUCAAAGCCGGGACGGAGCACGCCAAGUUCUCACAGGGCCAGGCUCUCACAUCACCAAGCGCGAAGCGCCGAGAGGUAUUGAGGUAUUCGGCGAGUCGCAUGAAGGGUGCACGGCAUCAUGCUAAGGGUUUUCGGCAUCAUGUGCUUACUUCAUUGCGUGCGGAUGACAGCUGCGGAUGACUUUUUUUUUUUCUGGUGCUUUCACUUCCAGAGACAGUUAGGGGUGUCAAAGCGGAAAAUUUCCUAUAGGAAAAAAUUCGAAAAAGCGUCCUCGGAUCUUGCUGAUGGAAAAUCGACCAACCAAUGAAAUUGCACGAAACCGUCGGAACCUCCCGAAAAGACCCUCUGACGCACACGCGCGAGGGCGCGGCCCGCCUGUGUGCUUUGCGCCCCUGCUAUGUGGCACAGCGCAACACCAUUGCGCGGUCCCACUCUAGAACACAUGCCUCAUGACACACCCGAGCAGCAGCCGGGCGGUGAAGCCACGCAGACACCUGCCGCCGCCGCUGCUG